UGGAUGCCUUUAUUUACGAUGCCGCGGUGUUGAACUAUAUGGCCAGGAAGGACGAAGGCUGUAAGGUGAUGACCAUAGGCUCGGGGAAGGUUUUUGCCACCACAGGCUACGGUAUCGCCUUGCACAAAAACUCACGCUGGAAACGUCCUCUUGACCUGGCUCUGCUGCAGCUGGUGGGAGAUGAUGAGAUUGAGAUGCUGGAGCGCCUCUGGCUGUCAGGUAUCUGCCAUAAUGACAAAAUUGAGGUGAUGAGCAGUAAACUGGACAUUGACAACAUGGCUGGGGUGUUCUACAUGCUGCUGGUGGCUAUGGGCCUCAGUCUGCUGGUGUUUGCCUGGGAACAUUUAGUCUACUGGAAACUGCGCCACUGUAUGGCUACAAGUUCAGGCAAAUUAGAUUUCCUCUUGGCAAUCAGCAGGGGCAUGUAUAGCUGCUGCAGCUUUGAGGAUGAAACAGCACCAGGUGGCCCUAAAUCUUUGCCUUCACAUCACCACACAGCAAUGGUUACCAUCCCAUCCCAGCCACAUGUGGUCACAACAACUGUGACCAACCCAGCCAUUGCCAUGGCGCAGCAGCAACCGCAACAGCAGCAACCUCAGCCUGUUUACAAAACUCCUUUACCAGGCUCUCCUCCCACUGUGGUGCAUUCUGGAACUGGACUGGGCUCUUCCAACACCCCCAUCGCUGGUGCGCCCCUCCCUUGCUCCACUUUCUUGCCCCGGCCAGACCGCAGGCUGGCUGUUGUGGAUCGCUGGAGACUGCCUAAAUCUGCUACAGCUACCAACCCUAUGGCUGUAAGAGGGGCCAUCACUGAUAUGGGACCAUUUGCCCAGAAGGUUCCACCAAACUGGGCUUCAACUGCUGGAGGAGGUGGGGGACUCGAUGGCUAUAAGAGAUACUAUGGUCCCAUUGACCCUGAGGGUCUGGGGUCCUGCAUGGAACAGCAGGCAGGGUCCCAGACCCCCAAGACUAUACCCAGGGGCCACCCUCAACCCCCUCCAGCUAGUGUGGCCUUCUACUCAGAGAAAGGCAUGGACCAUGGGGUGGGGAAGAGGGUGGUGGGAGGUGGCAGUGGAGGUCAGGGGAAAGGGCCUGGUAAACCUCUGGGCACUCCCAGACUGCCUCCUAAGAGUCAGGCCCCUUUGCCUCCUACACCUCCGCUGCCACAUCCCUCUCCCCCUCUCCCUUCAUCCUUCUGGAGAAAGCGAAGCAAAGACGACCAUGUCCUCCUGCAUAACUUACCUUACAUCAUCCAGAUGUCCCGCGUCAUUGACAAAUGGUUGAACAAACAGGACCUGAAAAACAGCGAUCCUCUUCACACAUUCAUGAUCUUUAACCUUCUGCACACCUUGAUGCCUGCCAUGGACUCCCGCUUUUCUGAAACAGCCAAGAAUUUUUCCCUGGCUUUGGGUCAUGCGGAGGAGGUGAGUCACGACUUGAACACAAGAACCUUUGACUUGAUUUGUUGGAGUGACUUUUCCCACUGUUGCCCCCCCAGGAAGUCCCUCGAUGGAAACGCUGUGUGCAGGAAACCGAAAGAGGAUUCGACUCAGUUCUCUCGCUCGUUCUCAGUAAAAGAACAGCGCACAGAGAGGUGA